AUGUCCGGGUCAAAACCAAAGGGAAAGGCUCGUACAGGUGCUGGAGCUGCGGGUUCUCGAGGAAUGCCCAAACGAGGAGCGGCAGCUGCUGCCGCUGCUGCUGUGGCUGCGGCUGCCGCAUCAGGACCACGCUCAACUUUAUCAUCAACAUCAACAACGACAGCAACAACAAAUUCAGCAACGUCUGCUAUAGCUUCAACAUCUGACACUUUAGAUGGUGACAUAAUCGACUCUUUCUCUGGCAUCAACCAAGACACUACUUUUCCUUCGUCAUUCUCUUCUACAACCUCAUCUUCAUCCACUUUAAUAUCCACAGAUCCUCUUCCGGACUGUCCACCAGGCAUUGAGGAGUUUGGUUCUUUAUUACCAGGCAAAAAUGAUGCAGAACUUACUUAUACCGAUCUUAUUAACGCUCUAAACCACUCCAUAUCAACCUCUUCCCCGGCUAAUGCAAAAUAUACAAUUUCAGAGGCAAUACCCUCCAAACGCGAUUUGGUAUCACUGCGCUAUGACCUCGCGCGAUUGUUGCGACUGUCUGUCAGCAGGCUGGCGGAGUACGAUCAAAGCAUGAGCAAGCUCAAGAGGUUGUCGAGUGCGGUUGAUCGUGAGUGUGAAAAGAAACGGGCCAAAAUUGAAAAGGAAGAGGAAAAGAAGCAAGAAGAAAGAGAAAGAGAAAAAGAAAGAGAAAAGGAACGAGGAAAAGAAAGAGAAAAAGAAAGAGAAAAGGAAAGAGAAAGAGAGCGAGAGAAAGAGAAAGAGAUACAAAAUGAAAAUGAAAAGGAAGAUGUAAAUUCAGAAACUGUCUUUUCUCCUACCCCUCAGGUCAAAAUAGAAGACCAAAGUGACAAUACUGCGGCUGAAACAACUAACAGUAAUAAAAUGACCCAGAAAAUCGAAGACUUGGUCACCAUUAAAACUGAAACAAAACUCCCGACUGAUACUACGGGACUUCAAGAGCCAGAGGCUCCUAAAUCACCACCCGAAUACGAAAAAAACCCCAAGUCUGAGUUUGUCACUUCACAGGAACUCCCCAUUGCGGCUCUAAACCUUUUUGAAGAACAAGUUAAGGGAUUACCUACAAAUGGCGAAGAAUACUUGCUCAAAAAAUAUGCCGUUGCUUCUUAUCCUAGCGACAAUCUCAAGGACUGGUUACCUGGCGAGAUUCCUGACCAUGAUUUUACUAAAGCCAAGCCACCCAGUCAGGUCCAGUUUUCGACCUUUUCAUCCUAUAUUGAGCCAUAUUUCCGGCCAUUUACAGAAGAUGACGUUACCUUUCUUAAACAAAAACUCAUUGGUGGGCCAUAUGGGUAUGCAUUUUUAAAUGGAGGAAGCGGAUCAUCUACAGGAAUUAAUGGAGCUGGUGGAGCUGGCAAUGGAAGUGGAAGUAGCGGCAGUGGAGCUCACGGAACUCAUGGAGCAGCAGCAGCACUUGCAGCAGCAAGUUCUGCAGCUGCUGCACGACGAGCACAAUUGUCUCCCUACGUUGUCCCCAAGCUAGGCCGACUAUAUGCGGAUGUGUGGCGGGAGCAGGAUGGGAAAAAUGCUGGGUAUGUGCUACACCCUCCUGUAGCUGCGAGCGCACGUGAGGUUCAAGCUCAUGGAGGUAGCGGCGGGAUUGCUGACGGGGUACUUGAGCAGGAAGACGUUGUGUCAUGCGGGCCUCUUGCAUCGCGAUUGUUGUCCGCGUUAAUGAGUGAAGAUUGUGAGAGCAAUGCUAUGGGUGUGAAGAAGGAAGAGGAGGAUGCAGCUGUGGUAGUGAAGAAGGACGAUGAGGAUGAGGAAGAGAUGAUUGUUAACGGUGGCCGGCGGCGGGGAGAUGCGCGAAUCAAGCGAGAAGAUGAGGAUGAGGAUGAAGAAGAGGACGGAGGGGAGAAUGGUGGAGAUAAUGAUGAUGAAGAAACCAACAUGAAGGAUGAGACGCGAGGGAAGAGCGAGACUCUUUCAGGGACUGGGUGGACAAUUGGAGCUGUUGCUGCAGAUUUUGUUUCUUUGGAAGAGCGAUUGAAGCGGGAGUUCAAGUAUGUAGGGAUUUUGGAUAUGCAGAUGCUGCGACGUGAAGAGCAACGGAAGAAGCAGUUUGAGGCGCUGGCUGCCGGGACGCUUGAUGGGGGAAGUUCGGGAGGGGAAAGUGGUGAUGGUAGUAGUAGUGGUAGUGGUGGGAAGGACAAGAGCGGAGGUGGGAUCACGACUGGAGGUAUGGCAGCAACAACAACAACAUCAGCCACAACAGCCACAACAGCCACAACAGCCACAACAGCAACAGCAGCAACAGCAGCAACAGCAGCAACAACAACAGCAUUGACGGCAGUGACAGGGGCCGGAUCUUCUUCAGAUAAGAAGGAUGAAUUUGAGAUUGAUUGGGUAUCUGGGCGGGAAGACGAUGAGAUUAGCACGGAGCUGCGAUUUUUACAAAAACAACUAAGAGUUGUGUCACGGUUUAAUCGGGCGUGCCAGCGGGUGCUUAUGCCUGUUGUUGAAGAACAAUUGGCGUGGCAAGAGUACACACAAAUUUUGGAUGAUCUUGACAAGCAGGUGGACCAAGCAUAUUUACGGCGGAAUCGGUCGACAACAAGAGUCAAGAAGAAGAAAACAUCUGCAGCAGCAGCAGCAGCAGCGGCAGCGGCAGCAGCAGCGGCGGCAGCGGCGGCAGCGGCAUCGGCAACAGGAUCGGGUACCAAUGGCGAGGGUGGGACGUCGAGUGUGGGACUCACUGGUGCUUCUGCAGAUCAGGCACACCGACUACGGAACUUGUUGGACAAGCGACAGCGGUGGAUUUCAUCGAUUGGGCCAGUGUUUCGGGAUUCUAGGUCGAUGAAGGGGAUGCCUCGAGAACCGGUGUUUGCUACGGAGAAGAUGGAAACUUUGAUGACUGAACAGGAUGAGGAGGAUGGAGAUGAUGUGUGA